AUGAACUUCAGUUGGAAAUCAUCUCCCCCUUCUAAUAAGAACUACACACUAUUAGAAACAUUCGAAUGUAAUACACAUCAAUUUGAUGCUAUAUUGUAUUCAUACAAAGAUAACUGUUAUUUUUAUCUAAUUUAUAGAGGAUCCAUUUAUUUUGAUAUAAAUGUAAACUAUAGAAUAACCAUAAAUGAAAGACGUAUUGAAGGUGUACAUCAAUUCUCAAAGUUUUCUAAUGAUUUUGGGUUUAUGAUGGAAAAAUCGCCACUAUUUAAUAUUGAGUUUUUUAUGAGUGUUAUAAAUCAAUAUAACUCUAAAGAAGAAACUUCUUUUUGCGGACUUAGAAAUUUAGGUGCUACUUGUUAUAUUAACUCCUUAAUACAAUCUUUAUUCCAUAUUAAAAGAUUUAGAAAUGAUAUAUAUAGAUGUAAUCCUAAUGGUAAAAUCUUAUUUUUACAAAGAUUAUUUUUCAAUAUGCAAAAUCAGGAAUAUGUAGAUCCUACAGAAUUUGUCGUGAACUUGGUUGACGAUGUUACUCUCCACCAGGAUAUUCACGAAUUCUCAAAAGUUUUAUUUGAUGUAAUUGAGAAAGAAUCAAAAAAAGGCGGAUUUAUUGAUAAUAAAGAUAUUAAAAAAGAAAUUGUUGAGGAUUUAAUACAAGGACAUGUAGUAAAUUUUAUAAAUGCAGAUUGCGGGUGCACCAGGGAAAUUAAAGAAAGCUUUCAGGAUAUUCAAGUAGAGAUUAGGGACUUUUGUAAUAAUAAAUUAGCAUCAAAUCUUAUUGAUUCUCUUAAAUUAUUUACGGCCGUAGAAACUCUUAAUGGUGAAAACAAAUAUAAAUGUGAUACCCAUGGAUUAGUAAAUGCUAAAAAAGGAGUUUUAUUUUCUGAUUUACCCCCAGUUCUAUUUGUACUGUUAAAAAGAUUUAGUAUUGAUUUUGAGACAGGCGAAUCGUCAAAAAUUAACGAUUUUUUUAAAUAUCCCGAAAUACUAGAUUUAAAGGAUUUUUGUGUAAAUAAUUUUUCUACUACUUAUAAGUUAUAUUCUGUGAUUGUUCAUAAGGGUGGUCACGAUGAAGGACAUUUUUAUUCUUAUAUUUUUUUGAAUAACCAGUGGUAUAAAUUUAAUGAUAACGUUGUUACUAAAGUACCUAAAGAAGAAGCAAUGGAUAUGAAUUUCGGUGGUAAACAUUCUCUUUUUAGGAAAAAAAAAGAUUUUUCAGCAUAUUACUUAAUUUAUAUUAAAGAUUUAUAUAUUUUAGAUGAAGAAAUUACAAUUAAUUCUUUGGUAUUAGACGAAAUUAAUAAGCAGAAUAUAAAAAAAGAAAUAAGAUGUAUUACAUUUAAUAAUAUAAAAAAUUAUCGAGGUCCGGGUUUUUAUAAUUUAGAUUCUUAUAAUUAUCCAUUAACUGGAUAUCAAGAGUAUAGAAUUAAAGGCAGUGAUACGGUUAAGAUUUUAAAAAAUAAAAUUGGAGGCCGCGAGCGACUUUAUUUAUUUAAAGUUGCGAAUGAUAAACUUAUCUAUUUGUCCGACGAUCAAUUAUUGGACGGCAAAGAUUUUUUUAUUUAUAAAAAAAAUGAUUAUAUUGAUUUUAAAAAGCAAAAAUUGGUUUUUAUAAAAAUUUUUAAGGAUGAUAUUUGGUUUAAAGAUACUAUUCCAGAGAAUCUAUAUUUAUCAUUCAUUGCUAUCGUUAAUAAUAAUAUACAUAAGAAAAUAGAAGAUAAUGUAAGAAUUUCAGAUUUUGUUUUAUAUAAAGAAGAUUUUUUAUAUAAAAAAGUGCACAAAUUUAAUAUUAAUGAUGAUAUUGAGCAUGGUGAUAUUUUUAUAGUUGUCAAAAAUACACAUACCACAUCACUUGAAUGUUUUUAUAAAGACUUUUCGUCUAGAAUGUGUGUCAAUGUUCUUAUUGAUUCACAAAAUUGUAUAUCUUUAUUUUUACCUAGUAAUUUAGAAAGUAAAUUUUUAUUAAAAAAAAUCAGAUCUUUUUUUUGUAAUGAAGAAAUUUCUUUGUGUCCUUUUGAUCCAGUGGUAUUGGAAUAUCUUCCAUUAGAAAAAAAUAUGGUAUCUAUUGAUAUUAAAGAUAAUAAAUUAAUAUAUUUAGGUUAUGGUGAAGUAACUGAUUAUAAUAAUAUAAAUUGUAUACAUCCCUUUAUAGCUCCUAAAAAUAUUACUGGUAAAGAUUUCUAUAAGAUUUUUUUAUCUUCUGAUUACACGAUGGAAAUGGAUAUAAAAAAUUUACGUGUUGUUGACGCUGUAAAAGAUACUUUGUAUUUGAGAGAUUACUCGCUUGAUGAACCAUUUACUAGUGAAGGAAUGAAUCUUUUUCAAUCUUUCAAUUCAAAUUUUAUAAAAGUCGCAUAUUUUAUUGGUAAUUAUGAGAUAAAAGGGUAUCCUUUCUUUUUAUUUGUUAAUAACCAUACUGUACAAGAUUUUAGAAAUGAAUAUAAAAUUUUUAGUAGACUUGUUAAAUACGAUUUUAAUGGAUAUGUUGAUUUAGAUGAUACUGAUAUUUUAAAUGAGUGCAGCAAAGAAACAUUUAUUUUAAUCGAAAGAAAUUAA